AAAAAUUCAUAAGAAAACCUGACUGUAAUUUUCUGGGACCCACCUUCAACAGCCACAGCAACUGAAAAAAUUAGAAAUAGAAAGGCAACAAAAACGUUUCUAUAUAAUACUUUCCGCGCCAAAUCCCCAUUUAUAUCUUUCUCUCUCUGAUCAGCCUCUGUAACCCUCAAAUUUCCCAUUUCUGUUUCGUUUCUUUCCUCUUUUCUCUCCCUGGUGGUCGUUAAUGGCGAUCGAGGUUCCAUUUGAGGAUUUAAGCCCUAGGACAUGUGCAGUUCUUGGAGGGCGAGGGUUCCUAGGAAGAUCGCUCGUCUUCCGCCUGCUUAAAAUCGGUAACUGGAUCGUCCGUAUCGCCGAUUCCUCUAAGUCUUUGCAACUCGACCUCACUGACUCUUCUGACUCCUUUCUUAACGACGCUAUCGAGUCCGGCCGUGCUUCCUACCACUGCCUUGAUGUUCAUGACGUCUCUUCAAUUGUCAAAGCUAUUGAAGGUUCAUCUAUUGUAUUCCAUAUGGAAGCUGAGGAUUUAUGGAAUCAUGAUUUCUAUUAUUGCUACAAAAUUAUAGUUCAAGGAGCUAAAAAUGUCAUCAAUGCUUGCCGAGAGUGCAAAGUUGGAAAGCUGAUAUAUAACAGUUCUGCAGAUUUAAUUUUUGAUGGUUCACAUGACAUAUGCAAUGGAGAUGAAUCCUUACCAUGCUAUUGGAAAUUUGAGGACGCUUUGAGCGACCUUAAGGCUCAUGCAGAGGCACUAAUCCUGUUUGCUAACAAUAUUGAUGGCCUUUUGACAUGUGCACUUCGUCCAAGUAAUGUCUUUGGGCCUGGAGACACACAGCUUGUGCCUUUCUUAAUAAAAUUAGCAAAAUCUGGUUGUGCAAAGUUUAUUAUAGGAAAUGGUGAAAAUAUGUCCGACUUCACCUAUUCUGAGAAUGUUGUUCAUGCCCACAUCUGUGCAGCAGAAGCUCUGGAUUCUAGAAUGAUCUCUGUGGCUGGCAAGGCAUAUUUUAUCACUAAUCUCGAGCCCAUGAAGUUCUGGGAAUUUGUGUCAUUGAUAUUGGAAGGCUUGGGGUGUCAAAGACCUUUUAUAAAAGUCCCUGCCAGGAUGGUGUGGUAUGUUCUCUUGUUUGUCAAAUGGACACAUGAAAAGUUGGGAAUCAAAGAAUAUAAUCAUUCUCUCUCAGCUUAUUACUUCCGUUUAGCUUCACAUACUAGGACUUUUAACUGCACUGCAGCUCAAAAAUACAUUGGAUACUCACCAGUUGUCUCGCUAGAUGAUGGUAUUGCAUUGACUAGUGAUGCAUUCUCAAAUUUGGUCAAGGACCUAUCUUUCAUGAGCUGCACUAAUUUUGAGGAACAGUCAAAGGUUGAUAAGCUGCUAGGCAGUGGGAAAGUUGCAGACAUUUUGCUUUGGAGAGAUGAGAAGAAAACAUUUACAUAUUUCUUUGCCUUUGCUAUGUUGUUUUAUUGGUUUUUACUUUCUGGAAGAACGUUUGCAUCAUCUGCUGCGAAGCUUCUGUUGCUAAUUACUACUAUCCUCUAUGGAUAUGGGAUUCUACCAGCACAAAUAUCCAGUUUUAUCGUUCGGAGGAUGUCUGUGUCUUGGUUUGAAAUUUCAGAAACAGUGGUAAAAGAUUCAGUGAUAUUCAUAGCAUAUCAGUGGAAUAGAGGGGUUUAUAAUGUAAGAUUAUUGGCCCGAGGACAUGACUGGAAUAAAUUCUUUAAGGUCAUGUCCUCCCUCUAUUUUCUCAAGUUGAUCCUGUCGCGUUCAAUGACUGUGGUGGUAGGAGUAGCCCUAGUGUUUUCCUUUACGGCCUUCUUUGUUUACGAGCAAUAUGAAUCAGAAAUUGAUGGACUAGGAAAGCUUCUGCUCAACAGAAUGAAGGAAUCAAAGAGGUUAUUGAUGAGGAGUCUUCCUGAAACUGCAGAAUCAUUUCUACAAAACAGAGGAAUCCUGCAAAGAGAGAGGUGAUCUGUUGUGGUGUGAAAGAGAACAAAUAUCAUAUAGAUGUGGAAUUAUUCUCUGAAGCUCAGUCAGAAAGCUUGACUUACGAUCUGCUAAAAACUGGAGAGAGAUGUUUCCCCAGCAAAAGAAAAUGGGGUAUGUUAGUACAACACAAACUUUCUGCCUUCUGUUCUGUUCUUUUCUUUUCUUUUAGGUUCAUCCUGUAUUACUGAUUGCUAAUUUUCUGAAAGGCUAGAUUUAGGUUAGCAAAUUUUUAAAGCACCAGUUGAGUAACCUUAGACAAUAUUGAAAUAUAAUCAGCAAAUAGUUUGCUUGUUGAAUUUACGAUACAUUUGUUUA